CGUUCAGGAUUUACUACUUUUCACUCACCGGCAACUUACUUUUUGCUACACUUUUUAAAUUGUACUUUUUUAAUUAAUAAUGGAGGGGGAGGACUGGGUCUUCACGCAGAGGACCACAAAGAAGAGACCACGAACGGAAAAGAAAGCAGAGGAGAGAGUGGUGAAAGCUGGCCCUUUUACUUCUGUUGCUAAAUCUACGCCUUCACCGACUGCGACACCCACCCUUGCUCCUCCUAAACAUUUGGCCGUGGAGACGACUAGAGCAGCAGGCUGUGCGGAAGGGGAAUUAAAUCCUCGUGGGACGGAGGAUAAGGAGAAGAGGAAAUCUGUCACCGCCACAAGUACUGCUCGUGAGGACCAGGCCUUCCAACCUGUCCCGUGGGAAUGCGUCCCCAGAGUGGUGGAAAUGGAGGUGGACGAUGAGGAAGCGAGACGACGAGUCAGGGAUGAGAGGGGGAUUGUUAUCAGGGAGUUGGGAGAGGGAGAACAGUUGGGAGAAGAAUUUAAAAUUAGAUACACGACUUCAUCUGAUGCGACACUUGGUAAAACGAUGAAAGACGAAGGGGUCGAUAAGAUCAAAAAGACCAUUCUACGGUUGGCUGGUUUAGCUCCGGAAACCAUCUCUGCUGACCUCGACGUGUAUGAAGCGUCCCCUGAACCUAUUCUCACGCAGGAGGAACAAGGGUUGACGGCCGGACAACGGGAGACUCUCUUUAAGGAGAUUUUCGCCAGAGGAGGUCGUGUCGCUGUCGAUGAUAAGCCAGGGUGGUUUUUAAUUAUUCACAAAGCCCCCACCACCGGCAUUAUUCAUUUAUGUAUCGAGAAAUUGAAUAAUAUUAAUGAGUUACCCAUUUACCAUGCUUUUAGGCUAUGCACAGAACCAAAAUGUUACCGGUACAGAUACACGUUGUCAAGUGACGUCCUCCCAAAAUGUCCGAUACAUCUACCUGAACCACUUUACACCGUGAUGACAGUGACGGAUUACAAACGGAGGGACGUGCUGGUUCAACUUCACUUUAAAAAGGCACUCUUUGUAGGACAUGAUGCAUCCGACAAGAAGAAAGAUGAAGAGGCUGAGUUGGUACUAGGCCAACGAGCUGCCUCAUAUCAAUCAUGGAAAGAAUACUGUGGUAGUCAAAUCUCUACACUCUCAACCAAGGGUCUCAAAGGAAAGGCGAAGAAGGUGGAGGAUGACAAAAAUCGCCCGAUUGCCAAGUCCAUCGAUCGAUUCCACUUUACCAAUGAGGAGGAGGCUCUCAAGAAGUUAGCAUUUGAAUCGACCAUUUGUAUGUUUAUGAAACUCGCCCCCGGAACUCAAGCCAUCAUCAACUUGGAUGAUCUCAUCCCCCUCUGCUACGGGAUGGAGGGUCAGAUCGAUGCGCGACUGAAGGAACGAGGAAUGGUGCUCAAAAUUCGUCGCCACUUGAAGCCGGAGGAGAGGGUGAAGGUCAAGUCUCCCUUUCCAGGGGAGUACUUGCUCGGAACAGCAGCAGCAGAAUUACAAAAACCAGAGAAAGGAAAGACGUUUUUGUAUGCCAUCAUGAGUCGUGACAUGCACUACUUUGGCUGGAGUGAGACGCCCGAUUUCAAGGGUCGCUUGGACGUAAGCCGGACGGAUGGUGCUAGUGAGUACAAAAAGAUCACGGUGGCUAGAGCUAAGUCUGAAGGCGUCGAGCCUCCCACCCUGACCUGCUACCUUCUCGCAAAGUGUGACGAUGACGAUAAGAAGAAGAUCAAGACAAAGACGAUUGAGGCAAAAAUGAUAAUUGCAGGCUAUGUCGCGUAUUUGUUAGGAUUUUAUAAUCCUAUUGUUCCUAGAUUUUCACCAUGUUACUCUACUAAUAAGUGUGUAUCCAUUAGUCUUAUUGAUUCUUCUUCAUGGGCAGAGAUUUGUGAUUUUGUCAAAUUAUUUUGGGGAUUUGAGCCCAUGUUGGGUCGAUUUGAGGGAAAUUGAAUUAUGUUGAGCUUUUUUUAUAUAUGCAGAAUGAAAAUGAAAUAAAUUGACUCAAACGAAAUAAAAUUGAUUAUCUCACCCAGACGAAGGACGAGAAUCAACAUGACGACGACGACGACUACUUGACCACCACAACAGCAAUCGACUCCUGCCGAUUAAAUGGAUCUCUUCUCGUCAGAGUGUGAACUCGUUGAGCUAACGAUGACUUCAGAAAUGCUCGCGUGUGUGUAGCGUACGUAGCUUUGUUCGAGUGGGGAUUAAGCUCAAGAGCUCGCAACUCUGUAAGUAAAUUGAGGUACAGAUUCAUGCAAAAUUGUUGCAUGAAUGGAUUUAGCAACUCUCACCUCUCGUCAGAUAAGGCCAGUAAGAUUGAUGUGAACGGGAUCAGUCCAGUGCAAAGUCAGCUAUAAUUGUUGAGCGAGUCGUGCAGCUGCUGCUGGCAAAAAAUUGUAAUUGAUUACUAUAAUUAUGAUGCACAUGAACUUUGUAUGUAUGGAAAAGCCAACUUGUUCCAAUAUUCUGCUGACCCUAAAAAAGCUUUAAUAAAUGGUUGUGUGGUGGCUGCUUAUAUCAGAUCAAGUUUUCAGUUCGUGCUCGUAUUUUAAUCCAAACUGAACCCUCACCGACCGACUACUUGAGGCUGAUUAAAACUAAAUGGAUCUCAAUUGAAUGAAUCCGACCCUGGCUGGCUGGACUACUGGACUCUUUAAGCUGCUGCCAAGAUUAAACAUUACUCCGGAAUGCUGACAGUUUGGAAAAUUUUAAAUUUUUAAGUGGCUCACUGAGCAGAAAGAAGGAGUCAGUCAGGCGAGAGCAGACUUGGGAGGAGAGGAACGCCACACACGAAACAAAAAACUCGGCUUGUUCAGUCCCGACCUCAGCCAAGGGAGGAAAAAGAAAGAGGGGAUUCACUCGCUCAGUUUUUGACACAAAAAUCGAUAAAGUGCAUCCAGCAGAAGUAAAUCCGGAAAAA